UCAUUUUUUUAUAUUAGCAUAAACAAAUCUUAAUAUAUUCCUACAGAAGCAAAUAAAACAGUUUAUUGUAAUUUUUUUAAAUCAUAAAAUCCUUAAUAGCCCUAAUCUACACACCUGCAAACAGUUGUAACUACCGUAAUGUCUGUCAUAAAAUGCUUGCACUUCUCCAAGUCGCCAGAGGUGGUCGCUGUUGUCCGGGAGACGCCAGAAGGAGCCGGGAAGAAACAAGCAAGCCCGGCAGGACUAAGUUCUCUGCUCUUCUACAGUCAACACGGACAGGAGGACGCAGGUACGCUUGUGGAAACUCACUGUAAAGUCUCUUUUUUGUGCCACAUCUAGAGCUGAACGAAGAAGAUUCAGGAGAGGUCAUCAGGAGUGACACCUGUCUACGUGCUGACAAUUAGAAGAAUCCACAAAUGGAGGAGGGGGUUGCUGCAAUGACAAUGAGGUUGCAAUCACUUUAGGUUGGCGUGACUUUCUCACAGUGCCAGGCGAUGAAAGGUCUUGUUGCUGAAACGAAAAACGAGGCUCAUCGUCACGGCGCGUUUGCCGUAACAGUGCUGUCAGUGUGCGAGUAGUAGUCGGAAGAAGCGGAGCGCUCCUGAGAGCUGGACUGGUCUGGUCUUAAGUGCAGGAGGACACGCCGGUGGAGCCGCGCUACCACUUUGGCACAAGUGCUAAGUGCGGAUUGGAAGGCGAGGGGAGGCGGCGGUGCAAUGCUGGUGCCCGCCUGGCAUGUGGUGGUGCUGCUGCUGGGUGGACUGGCAUCACUGAGUCCAGGGUCGCACGCCAACCUGUUGGACUCCAUGCUGCUGAGGAAUGGCUGGAAGGGCGAGUCAGAGCGCAGGGCGGAGGCGAGCGGCGGCAGCAGCAGCAGCGCAGCGAGCGCCACAGUCAGCAACAUGCUGUGGUGUCACUGCAACCGCCAUUGCCCUGAGGACUCUGUCAACAACACCUGCAUGACGGACGGUUACUGCUUCACCAUGGUGGACGAGGAAGGAGGUCUGGCCGUCUUCGUCACAGGCUGUCUGGGACUGGUCGGUUCCGAGUUCCAGUGCAAAGACACGUGGAACAGUCGCUACAGGGGAGCUCUGGCCUGCUGCAUGGACCAGGACUACUGCAACCAGAAGCUGCAUCCCACUCUUCCUCCUCUCCAGACGCCAGAUUACGUGGACAGCAGUGGUCAAUACUUGGCUCUGCUCGUCUCCAUCAUCGUUUGCAGCGUCUUCCUCUGUGUCGUCCUCAUCAUCUGCUGCCUCAGGUAUAAGAGGCAGGAGUCUGAGCCGCGCUACAGCAUCAACCUGGAGCAGGGCGACACUUACAUCCCACCUGGGGAGUCGCUGAAGGACCUCAUUGAACAUUCUCACAGCAUGGGAUCUGGAUCAGGAUCAGGGCUCCCUCUGCUGGUCCAGCGCACCAUCGCCAAGCAGAUCCAGAUGGUGAAGCAGAUCGGGAAGGGUCGUUACGGCGAGGUGUGGAUGGGGAAGUGGCGAGGCGAGCGAGUGGCGGUCAAAGUCUUCUUCACCACGGAGGAGGACAGCUGGUUCAGAGAGACGGAGAUCUACCAAACCUUCCUCAUGCGACACGACAACAUUCUGGGCUUCAUAGCGGCCGACAUCAAAGGCACGGGCUCUUGGACUCAGCUGUACUUGAUCACCGAUUACCACGAGAACGGCUCGCUGUACGACUACCUCAAGUCCAACACGCUGGACGUCAACGCCGUGCUCAAACUGGCCUACUCCUCCGUCUCGGGGCUGUGUCACCUGCACACCGAGAUCCACGGCACGCAGGGGAAGCCCGCCAUCGCCCAUCGAGACCUCAAGAGCAAGAACGUUCUGGUCAAGAAGAACGGGACUUGUUGCAUCGCCGACCUCGGACUGGCCGUCAAAUUCAACAGCGGCACCAACGAGGUGGACAUCCCCCCCAACCUGCGCGUGGGCACCAAGCGCUACAUGCCGCCCGAGGUGUUGGACGAGAGCCUGAACAGGACCUACUUCCAGUCCUUCAUCAUGGCCGACAUGUACAGCUUCGGACUCAUCGUGUGGGAGAUGACGCGGCGCUGCAGCAGUGGAGGCAUGGUGGAGGACUACCAGCUGCCGUACUACGACCUGGUGCCCACUGACCCGUCCUAUGAAGACAUGAGGAAGGUGGUCUGCUUCAAGAAACAAAGACCGGCUUUUGCCAACCGCUGGGGCAGCGAUGAGUGUUUACGACAGAUCGGAAAAGUCAUGUCUGAAUGCUGGGCUCACAAUCCUGCCUCCCGCCUGUCGGCCUUGAGGGUGAAGAAGACCUUGGCCAAGAUGUUGGAGUCCCAAGACAUCAAACCGUCUCACAGCGACACAUGAAAACACAUCGAGGAGGUCUUGGACUCACUUCCUGUGACGCCACACUGCUUUCUGUGAAAGCCAAAGAAAGACUGCAGAAGGACUUUCUAAAGCAGUAUUAUAUUAUUAUUAUUGUCAUCAAAUGCAGUCUUUUGUACUGGACCUGUUUUAUUUGACAUCAGUGACCUCAUUAGGAGCAUUUUCUUACCCACUUGAACUCAAUUGGUUGACAAAAUAAAACAUUUAAAAGGUCUUUCUGCUUCCCUUUCAUUCAAAAUGACAACCUUUUUUUCAAGUGGGGAUGGUGUUUUUUUUCAGC